AUGGCCAGUGGUCGUUCACCAUGUUUCUAUAUAGAUGAACUUAAUAAGUACCAACAAAAGAACAGUGCAGUACUUAAGUAUUGUGAACUGUCUAAGACAGGACCUCCACAUAACUUAAGGUUUACCUAUCAAGUUAUAAUAGAUGGCAAAGAAUUUCCAAAGGCUGAAGGUAGAUCAAAGAAAGAAGCCAAAAAUGCUGCAGCCAAAUUAGCUUUUGAAAUAAUUAGUAAAGAACAGAAGGCCGCUAGUCCUUCAUCACCGCAGACAGGAAAUCCUUCAGAAGGACCACCCAUUGAGAAUUACAUAGGCCGUGUUAAUACGAUUGCCCAGAAGAAAAACCUAUCUGUAGUUUAUGAAGAAUGUGAAUUGAGGGACAGUGGGCCCGAAAAAUUUCAUUAUAAAUGCAAAGUUGGAAAGAAUGAAUAUGGUAUUGGUACAGGUUCCACUAAACAGGAGGCAAGACAAUUGGCUGCUAAACUGGCUUAUGAAAAGAUACAGUCAGAAAAUUUAAUGAAAACUGACCCAUCCUCUGGUUGUUUCAAUUCUGUGUGUGGUGAUGUCCAAAGCAACUCUUCAGCGACAAGCGCAUAUGCUUCUGAAUCACCAUCUGAAAAUUACUUCUCAACAAAUGAAGCGGAAAGCAAUGAUAACAGUGACAUAUUAGACAAGUCUGUCGAAUCUCCAGGGAACAGUUCCGGAAAUAAUCCCAGAAAGGUGAAGAGAUCUUUGGCACCUAGAUUUGACUCUCCUGUGAAGAGGGAAGAAAACGAGUAUACUGUGGACCCCAGGUUUAUCAGAGAUUUUACAGAAGUAACACCAAUUGACUCAGGUGGAUUUGGCCAAGUUUUCAAAGCCAAACACAGAAUUGAUGAGAAGACUUAUGUUAUUAAACGCGUUAAAUAUAAUAAUGAGAAAGUAGAGCGUGAAGUGAAAGCUUUGGCAAUGCUUGAUCAUGCAAAUAUUGUUCACUACCACAGUUGUUGGGAUGGGCUUGAUUACGAUCCUGAGCACAGCGUAAAUUACUCAAGACCAAAGACUAGGUGCCUUUUCAUCCAAAUGGAAUACUGUGAUAAAGGGACAUUGGAGCAAUGGAUUAACAGUAGAAGAGGCAAGGAACAAGACAAAUGUUUGGCUUUGGUAUUCUUUGAACAAAUAACAGAAGGAGUGCAUUACAUACAUUCAAAACAGUUAAUUCAUAGAGACCUUAAGCCAAGUAAUAUAUUUUUAGUAGGUAUGAACCAAAUAAAGAUUGGAGACUUUGGACUUGUAACAUACCUGAAAAAUAAUGAAGCACGGACAAGUAAACGGGGAACUAUGCGAUACAUGAGCCCAGAACAGAUUUUGUCUGUGGAAGACUAUGGAAAUGAAGUGGACAUCUUUGCUUUGGGGCUAAUUCUUGCAGAACUUCUUCACAUAUGUUCCACUGUUUCAGAAACACUGAAGGUUUUUGAAGAUCUAAGGAAUGGCAUCUUCUUAGAUGUAUUUGACAACAGAGAAAAAAAUCUUCUACAGAAAUUACUCUCAGAUGAUCGCAAGAAACGACCUAAUGCAUUGGAAAUACUGAAGACUUUGAAGGAGUGGAAUAAUAUUAUAGAGAGAAAGAAACGAAAUACAUGUUAGAUACUUAAAAAGUAUCCUUCUUCUGAUACUCCAUUUUCCUAUAACUGUCUAAAGUCUGCUUGGGAAUAUUAACGGUAUUUAUCUUCUAUUUUCCUUUCUCCCUUAAUUUUUUGCCACAUUUGCAGAAUGGUUUGCAGUUUUUCUUUUUUGUUGUUUUAACAUCUUUAUUGGAGUAUAAUUGCUUUACAAUGGUGUGUUAGUUUCUGCUUGAUAACAAAGUGAAGGUUUGCAUUUUUUCUUACUUCAAAAACAUUCUUAUAUUUGCCUUCCCCUCGCUCAUCUCCAUAUUAUGAAGAUGGGAGAAAAAUCCCUCAAAUUUUCUUUUUAAUACCAAUUAGUUAAUCAAUUAAUGAAUGACUAUUUAUUAAACGCCCGCUGUUUCUAGGCCAGGAUUUAUCUCUGUCCAAAAUAGCUAACAAUCCAGCUGGAGAAAUAUGGUAACCAUGAAAAGAUAAGUAUAAUCACUUUGGAAAGCAAUUUGGUAUCAUCUAGCAAAGUUAAAUGUAUAUUGCCAUUCCUGAAAAGCCAUCAAUUCCAUUGCUACAUACAUGUGCACAGGAAUGUUCAUAGAAAUGCUAUUUAUUAUAGUCAAAGGAACAGGAAACAACGCUAAUGUGCACCAGAAGAAGAAUGGAUACAUAAAUUGUAUUCAAACACUGGAAUACUAUAUAGUGUUCUAUAGUGAAAAUGAA